CUUUGUCAGACGGUUCCUGAGAUGCAUCUGAUACAAAGAUUGCCUAAGGGCAACACUCAAACUCUUAACCUCCUCUGGGAUUACCUAGACAACAAUGUGCCUUGACUGAUCUACACGAACAAUAGCCCCAUUUGGAAUUACGGUAUAUCUCAAAAUUCCAAUAUGGAGACUCUAGACCCCACCAUUCAUCGCGAACUCUCCCGGCUUGACCCCGCAGUGCCUUUUCGCGCAUCAACAGAGCAUAUCCAUCAUACAUGGGCUAGGACGUUCUUCUCGCGGCCGGAGCUUUAUGUACAGCCACACUCGAUUGAAGAGAUUCAAAAACUUGUAACUUUAGCUCGUCGGUGCCGCCGUCGCUUGGUCACCGUUGGUAGUGGCCAUUCGCCUUCCGACUUGACAUGCACAUCAUCCUGGCUGGUGAACCUGGACAAGUUUAAUCGUGUCUUGGAAAUUUCGCCUGAGACAGGGGAUGUGACAGUUGAGGCGGGCAUUCGAUUAAGGGACUUGGGUGAACAUCUGGGAAAACAUGGGUUGACUUUGUCUAAUCUGGGGAGCAUUGACGAGCAAUCCAUUGCGGGUGUAAUUUCGACGGGCACACACGGAAGCUCUUUGAAGCAUGGACUAAUCUCUGAAUGUAUCACGUCGCUUAAGUUAGUUCUGGCUAACGGGCAAUUGGUACGCUGCAGCGCUACCAAUAACCCGUCGCUUUUCCGCGCCGCUCUUAUCUCCCUUGGGGCACUAGGUAUUAUCGUCGAGGUCACUUUCAGGGCGGAGGCAUCAUUUAAGGUCGCGUGGCGACAGGCUCGACGUCCACUAUCGAGUAUCUUGGCUGAGUGGUCAACUGGCCUGUGGACCUCGCGCGAGUUCGUCCGCGUCUGGUGGAUGCCGUAUGAGCAAUCUGCUAUCGUCUGGCAUGCGGAUAAAACAGAUCUGCCCCUUCGUGCACCGCCAACGACGUUCUAUGGAGAGACGAUCGGAUAUCAUAUCUAUCAUAACUUGCUGGCGCUUGCCAAUUAUUUCCCUCGUAUUCUCCCGUGGGUUGAAUGGUUGGUCUUCGGUUUGCAAUAUGGGUUUAGACCGGGGGUAAAGGUCACGGAGGCAGUCGAACCCGCUCGCUCCGGUCUGUUGAUGAACUGUCUCUACUCGCAAUUUGUUAAUGAGUGGGCAUUGCCCUUGGAGAAAGGCCCAGAGGCUAUCAUACGCCUGUCAGCCUGGUUAAAUGGAGACUCUGAGACAGCGUGUAUCCCAUUCCCGGUCGAAGGAUUGUGGGUACACAGCCCCAUCGAGGUCAGAGUUGCGGACUCAACGCAUAACAAGAAUCCUCGUCCUUUCCUUGACCCUAGCUGCCACGACGGCCCAACAUUAUAUCUCAACGCCACUCUAUAUCGACCAUACCUCCGGGAUCCCCCCUGUAGGGAUAGGUAUUACGAGGCGUUCGAGUGGCUCAUGCGUGAGAUGGGCGCGAAACCACACUGGGCCAAAAACUUCAAAGUCACUGGACGUCAUGAGCUACAAGAGCUGUAUGGAAAGGACAUGGAUGAAUGGUUAAAGGUGCGUCAAGAGGUUGAUCCCGAUGGUAUGUUUCUUGGCGAAUGGCAUCGUCGCAACCUUGCCUUACCUGGUGGCGAGAAGGAUGAAACAAUGUCUACCGAGUCGACAAAUCUUCCGCUCCUAGAGCGCGAAAAAUCCCGUCGGAAGGCAGGAUUCCGUGGGGCUGGUGAUGGUAUGGAGUGGGUCGGAGAUAAGCAGUGGCUGGGGAAUACAGGGAGCCAAGUUAAACCCUUGUUGACUAGAGGAAAGGAGUAUGAUGGUUCGUCAGAAGGGAUGAGCCCAUCAACAGCAACCAGCGAAGAAAGUUUCGAUCUUCUAGCGGCUGGCGAAGCUAGCACUGUCCACCUAGAUGAGCGCUCAUGAUGGAUAGAACAUGAAUGGACGAAUUCAAAGUAGCAAACACGAAGAGGAAAAAAUAAUAAACAGAAAAAUAAGGAAUUUUUUUAUUCUUCUCAUAUCCUCCAAAAAAAAAGUCUUUGGGGUGGUGACCGGCGAAAUGACUAGGUGGUUGCCUGCCAAGCAUUCGUAUUAUUUCUCAUUUCGGCAUUUUUCUUUCCAGUCUCUCCUUUCUCAUUAGUCAAAUUUUUGUUUGCUGGGUCGGAGUUUUCACCCGAGAAAGAAACGAGCAGCAAUCUCUCCGAUUUUCGCCAUCACUCUAUCAUAUCUGUACUCGGGAUAGUUGUUCCCCGUGUCAGGUAGUCCGAUGUCAUGGGGACGUCUUCCCCGGUUAUAUUGGGCGUGCUAUGCUCUA